AUGGUUACCGGACAGUCCGUCACCUUGAACCUCGUUGGCAACGGCCAAACGGUGGACAUCGGCGAAGCCCUGCUUAACACCGGCACCAUAAAUACCCAGCUCUGUGCUGGCGUCAGCUACUCGCUGCAAGGAGACUAUUCCCUUAAUGGUACCAAGGUAUUCACGAUCACAUUUGCCGGCGGCACAGACAUUGCCACAGGCGCCUACCCCUCAUGCGCAGGCAAGACUCUCAUUCAGGGCGAGCUCAUCGGCAGCCAGCCCCCAAAUAACCUGAGUGUGGAGGUCAUUGACUGCAGCAGUACUCCCCCUGUCACUGGUGCCCCCACUCCCCCAGCCACCCCUCCACCCGCCAAACAGGACCUGCUUUCUAUCCUGGCUGCGGCAAAGAAGCGCAUUGACAAGGCUGUGCACGAUGCCAUUGUCAGCCAGCUUCGAAGUGUUGUUGGCUGA